GAGCUCGACCUUCUUAUCCAACUCGCCGUCGACGACAACCGCCCGACCAUCAUCUUGAACUCGUCAGGAUCGCAUGCAACUUGUGUCUUCAAGAAUCUCGCUUUCCAGCAUGCGCUCGAGCAUGUUUCUUCGGAUGUGUUGGAAGACUGGAUCUUUGCUGAAUCGAGUACCACCUGCGAAGCAAAGGCUACUCCGGCCACGAACUUUGCACAAAGGGAGUGGAUGAAGAAAAAGCUUGGAGAAUCAUACAUGAUCAUAUACUGCAAGCACGUCUUCGUGUCCCCUCCUGCUGAACCCGAGGAUAAUGGCUCUCUGGACAGUAUGCUCCAUGAUUGGAUAAGAUUCCCGGACCAAGUCCCUCUCAACCCUUGGAUACGCUACUUACUAGACUACGAUUGGAGCAAAACCGCCAUAGCUGCUAUCCAUGGUCCACGUCUCGAUCAAUGGCCGAUACAGCUACGCGAGCUACUAAUCAGUUUCAUGCAUUGUCCGCGACCAAGGAUCAUAUAUUGGGGACCAGAUCUGAUACAGUUCUACAAUGAAUCCGCCUCGAAGCUAUUUGGUACUGGACAUCCUGCCACGCUAGGCAACAAGCAAGCCGAUAUUUGGGGCCAGGAACUUUACGACAACACCACAGAGCUGAUUCGAAGGAGCUGGGAAGAAGGCCAAUCUGUUUACAACAAGGAAAUAAUGAUUCCACAUGAGCGCGAUGGUGUACCCGAAGAGUCAUAUUUUGAUUGGUUCUUACUUCCCUUCGCUGGUUCAGACGGCCGCUGGAUUGCCUCGGUGAAUUGCUUCAACGAAGUAACAUCUGCGGUCCUUCGAAGAAACAGAGAAGAUGUUACCUUCAAGUUUCUUCAGGAGAACACCCACGCUACCGACCUCUCUAGCCUCUGGCUCGAAUUCUUGGGAAUUAUGGACGAGAUUGCUGACGACAUAGCCUAUACGCUUCUGUACACAGCGAGGGAAGAAGCUGCUGGGUCCGAUGAACAAAAGCAGUACAGUCUCUUUGGCUCAUCUGGCUUGACCUCACAAAAGGCCUUCGAAGACCCAUCUCACAAACUGAUCGAGGUGCUGAGCCAAACAGAAGUUGGCGAGAAUGUCAUCGCCUUGACGAACAACGACUUCCUGCCAGAGCUUGGUGUCGACAUACCUGGCUACGGCCCAGUCACCUCAGCGUUCGUCUUUACUGUGGUCGACGUGAAAGGCUCGGCUCAAGGCUCGGUAGUCGUGGGUAUAAAUCCUCGGAGACCUGUAGAUGACAACCUGAAGAGCUUUAUAUACUCGCUGAGCGAGAUGCUUUCUAAAGCAGUAAUCAUACUGCAAUCUCCUGCCGAUCAACGCACAUUGCUGCAGGCGGACGGCGGUCUCGGUCAUCGUCUCCAAUUAGAAAAACUUGCCAGGGAGCUGAGUCUUGCGACUCUGAAGAACGAGAAGAAUCAGGAGACAUUCAGUCGCAUGGCAGAAAACGCACCGAUCGGCAUGUUCAUCUAUCGAGGCAAUGGCGACCCGAUAUACAUGAACGAUACUUUCCUCAAACUGCUAGGUGAAACGAGAGAGGACUUUAUAGAAAAGUCCAAGUCUGGAUAUGCUUGGCGCGACUGUAUCCAUCCUGAUGACGAAGCAUUCAGCAGCGAAUGCUGGAAAGCGGCUGCAGAGUCAUACGAAGUUCAGGUUUUCCAGUUUCGUGUCAAAGCAGGCACUGAGUCUUCGCCAACUCGUGCACGUUGGCUUGAAGUCGUUUGCUUUCCGCAACGUGAUGAGAAUGGUGUCCUUGUGACGCUCCAAGGCUAUUUGACAGAUAUCACGAACAAAAAGCUGACAGAAGCUCUCACAACUGAGAGGAUGAAUGCAGCCAUUGACACCAAAAGAAAGGCACAAAAUUUCAUAGACAUGAUUUCGCACGAGAUGCGAAAUCCAUUAAGCAGCAUCAUACAACUGACAGAGUCUGUCACUUCCAUACCAGCGGAAACUUUGCCUCCAGAGGUGUUUGAUACGGUGACCGAUGCAGCCCACACGAUUAGUAUUUGCGCUCUACAUAUGAAGGUCAUAAUCGACGAGGUACUCGACUUUUCCAAAUUGGACUCUAAUCUUUUAGUGCUGGCUCCGGAGAGGACAAGACCUCGAGAUAUCAUCGACAAAGCACUGAAGAUGUUUGAAGCUGAGCUGAAAAACUCCGAUAUCACGACCGAGGUCGACGAAUUGCCAAGUGAUUUCUCUGUGGAUGAUGUGCUCUGUGACCCUAGCAGGUUGUUACAGAUCAUAAUCAACCUGAUCACGAAUGCCUUAAAGUUCACGAGAGACUCGGAUGUUCGUCGUAUCACUUUGGCCUAUGGAAUGUUCUCAGCGCCACCCUCAGCUCAAGACUGCGGAGUCGAGUUCAUCAAACCACGCAAGAAGGAUUUUGAUGAAACCGAAACCGUCUCAGCGAUGCUUUCUGCUCAUGAUCUGGAUGAUGAUGCCGAUAACGUCUACUUGAUGUUCAGUGUAACGGACACUGGCUGUGGUCUUACUUCAGAAGAGUCGCAACUCCUGUUCCAACGCUUUGCUCAAGCCCCGAAAACAUAUAAACAGUACGGUGGCUCUGGUUUGGGCCUGUUCAUAAGUCGCGAGCUCGUAGAACUUCAAAAGGGUCAGAUUGGCUUGCACAGUGAACCUUCAGUCGGCAGCCGAUUCGCCUUCUAUAUUCAGGCCAAGCACGCCGCUCGGAUGAGUCGUGCGGGAUCCGUGGCUUCUGUCGAGUCUACAAUCAGCGUUAAGAAUUUGCCACAUUCUGUGGGUGGAUCUUUCGAUGUGGUCAAGGUCCUCGAGAAGAUCGAUAUGGUACCACCAGCAAAAACACUGGUGAAGGACAUGCAUGUUCUGCUCGUCGAAGACAACUUGAUAAACUCAAAAGUCAUGGCAAAGCAGCUGCGCAAACUAGGCUGCGAAGUCGACGUAGCCGAAAACGGCCUCGAAGCUCUCAAUCAUCUAGCCAAGACCACAUACCUGUCGAGCACAAAGGAAGCUACACCGCUGAGUUUGAUCUUGCUUGACGUCGAAAUGCCUAUCAUGGACGGUCUGACCUGUAUACGCCGCAUCCGCGCCCUCGAACAGUCUGGAGAGAUAUCUCGCCAUGUUCCGGUCAUUGCAAUCACCGCAAAUGCUCGCAAUGAGCAGAUUGCUGCUGCGAUCGAGGCUGGAAUGGAUUCGGUGGUCACGAAACCGUUUACCAUAAAGGAUCUUGUGCCGCAGAUGGAGGCUUUGGUCGACUUGUGGUCGGGA